AUGCGCGCCUUCACCACCGUCCUCGCCGCCGCCGCCCUCGCCUCGAGCGCACUCGCCCACAACGAUGCGCCCAAGAGCCCCGACGAGAUCAAGUACAUCCAGUCGAUCGAGGAGAAGAUGUACGCCUGCGGCCCCAAGAUCGAGAAGUACCGGGCUCUGCGCAAGCGUGCCGCCGCACAACAAUUCCUCGGAGCCGGGCAGGCCCCGACCAACGCGCAGGACCUGUUCAUCGACGGCGAGGGGGACGACGACGACACGCUCAUUGCGAGGACUUUGCUCGCGCCGUUGACCGAGGAGCCGCGCAUCCGCAACCACUCUUGUAUCUUGCACCCUCAACUCACCGAGGGCCCGUACUACCACACGGAGGGUCACCCGAUCCGCCAGAACAUGGCCGAGGACCAGCUCGGGCUUCCUUUCUUCAUGGACGUCGGCAUCAUCGACGUCAACACGUGCGAGCCGAUGGAGAACGUCCUCGUCGACCUGUGGCACGCCAACACGACGGGCCACUACGCCGGCCACCCGGAACAGGAGCCUCACCUCAAGUGGGAGGGCCCGGCGCACGAGGGCCCGCGCAAGGGCCUCCUCAGCAAGUUCCCGCGCACCAACGACCACGAGACGUUCCUGCGCGGCGCGUGGCCGACCAACAAGCACGGCCUUGCCCAGUUCUCUUCCAUCUUCCCCGGCUACUACACCGGCCGUGCGACCCACGUCCACGUGCGCGUCCACACCGAGUGGACCCCUCUCGCGAACGGCACCUUCACGUCGCACCGCAUGCUCCACACGGGCCAGUUCUUCGUCCCCGACUCGAUCAACAUGCAGGUCGACAAGGUGUGGCCCUACAACACGAACCCGAUCGCCGACAAGUGGGGUCGCACGCGCAACUGGGCCGACUCGCUCCACAUCUACCAGGACGCGCACGGCAACGGCGCCAACCCCGAGUUCGAGGUCCUCAAGGUCGGCAGCGUCCUGCAGCAGGGCAUGAUCGGCUACAUCACGGUCGGCGUCGACUCGAAGGCCAACUACGACGUCAACGCGCCGUGGCAGCCCAUCCCGCCGUCCGCCAUGAAGGACUAG